AUGGCCCCGCUUCCAUCUGCCCGCGCAACAAGAUCUAUCCCGUUCACCCAUGUGGGACUAGAUUACUUCGGUCCUCUGCUCGUCAAGCACCAGCCAAGUACCAAGAAGGUAUGGGUCCUCCUAGUGACAUGUAUGGCAACUAGAGCUGUCCAUCUAGAACUGGUGGCAGACAUGACCACAGAGGAAUUCCUGCUAGCGUUCCGCAGGUUCGUGUCGUUGCGUGGUUGCCCUGAAGAGGUAGUGUCUGACAACGCGCCACAAUUCAUCCUAGCUAAGUCUGUUCUGGAUGUGGCCUUUGAAGAAAUGGCAACGAGUGAUGAUGUCCUGUCGUACAUGUCGAGGACUGGUGUGAAGUGGCACUAUAACCCACCGAUCUCACCUUGGAUGGGUGGUUUCUACGAGCGUCUCGUUGGAACAGUCAAACGAAGCCUGAAGAAGGUCGUUGGCCGCGCGCUCCUCACUGUGUCGCAACUGACUACCAUUCUCAUGGAAGUGUCAGCAGUCGUCAACUCGCGUCCACUGGUGUACGUGGACAAUGACUUGCAGGAGAUACUCACCCCAAGUCAUUUUCUGUGCCUGUCCGCAACUACUGGUGGCGUGCAACCCACUGCUGAUGACGGCGAUCCGGACCACAUCGAAGUUCCGACUGCAGCUCAGAAUCUUCUCUCUGUCUGGAAGAAGGGUCAACGAACAUUGGACCAGUUCUGGCGUGUCUGGCGAGACGACUACUUGGCUGAUCUCCGCAACAGUCACACUCGGAAGCUCCGACAGGCACGCGUUACCGCUUCGGAACAGCCAGCCGUUGACGAUGUUGUACUAAUAAGGGAUGACAUGCCCCGUGGCUCAUGGCGACUUGGUCGCAUUGUCGCUCUCCAUACAAGCAAGGACAUGGAGAUACGUUCCGCAACCGUCAUCACUGCAGAGAAGACAGAGCUCAAACGACCCCUGUCUCUCCUGUACCCUAUCUGUCCUGCUGCUAACUCCGAGGCUAACAACAACAGCACCGCUCCGGACACACACACCACUGGCCAAGCCGAUCUGCCAGUUCCAGCAGCUGUUGCUCCACCCAGUCGUCCACAACGUGCUGCCGCUAAGAAGCAACGUCAGACGCUUCGCCAAUUAAUUGGCAGCGAACUUGUUUAG